AUGCAGCAGAUUCUGAGAGAUACCCUUUUCCGGCAGGCAGCUCUGCUGCAUCGCCCACGCCUGGCACUGCUCAUCGCUUCGAUACUCCUGCUGCUGGGAUUUGUGAUGGAGCCAAUAUUGCACACCGGCCUCAGGUUGUUGCCUGUGCCUGCAGGUAAAAUGCUCCAGUGUUCUAUGGAACGGCAGCGCAGUGUGUGCUUCGUGAAAACGCACAAGUGCGCCAGCUCGUCCGUGCAGAACAUGCUGAUGCGCUACGGCGAGAGCCAUGGCCUGCGCUUCGUGCUUCCAAAGCGCCCGAACUACCUUGGUCAUCCAAGCCUCUUCCACCCUUCGAUGGCGCCAGCCUGGCCACCGUUCGACAUGCUGGUACACCACGCGAGAUUCCACGAGACGGAGAUGCGCGCUGUGCUGAGACAGCGGCCGUUCUUUGUCACCAUCGUACGGGAACCCGCCGCGCUAUUCGAGUCUCUGUACUCCUACUAUACUCUAAAGAGAAAGACGAACAUGAGUCUGGAGCAAUUUUCCAGCGCUGCUUUGGCGAACCGGUCAGUGAUGGGCCUGCUUGGCCGCACCCGGAGCCAGCAGGGCUUCAACCAAAUGAGCUUCGACUUGGGAAUGGCGCCGGCGCAAUUCGGCAAUGCUUUCUCAGUGCGUCGCUUCGUUGAGCAGCUUGACGCAACGUUCGACCUGGUCAUGGUGGCUGAGCGCAUCAACGAGUCUCUGGUCCUGCUCAAGGACCUGUUAUGCUGGGACACGGACGACAUUGUCGUCUUCAAACAUAACGCCCGGCAGGUGCUGGUGUUCCGUGUCAAGAACGAGAGCUCAGAGGAAUGCGUCCGCAUGACGCUGCCCGAGCUAGUCUAUACAGAGCGUCUGCGAAAGAAGCAGUUCGGGAACACAAUGGCACGUCGCCCAUGGCGGCGCCCUCUGUCACUGCAGAUGGGCCGCUGA